CUACAAUUGCAAAAUAUAGGAAUGGAAAAAAUAGUAAACUUUAAUUUUCAAAAGUCUUGUGAUAAUACUGAAAUUGACGAUACAAUAUUUUAGUUAUUAAUAUGGCCGAUGCGUCUGAAAAGAAAGUAUAUUUGACAAUUCCAUUCUUGUCCCAAGAGUCGGCUAGCUUGGCAUGUGAGGUUCUGUCCGUGGACAAAGAGCUGAAAGGAAGCGGUGUUCGAAGAGAGAUCACUUCUGAAGGUUCUAACCUACUAAUAAAUUUGUCUGGGACUGAGCUGAAGAAAUUAAGAGUAUCUGUUAACUCAAUGCUCAAGAAUAUUUUGUUAAUUGUUAAGACUAUAAAUCAGUUUGAAAGUAACUUACAAUAAUGCCUGAACACACUCCAGCACCUACACCAUCACGGUCUUUGUACGGAUUUUUCAUGUACCUCUUUAGUAAGACCAUGUUAGGCUUAUACUGCGCCUGGGCAUUUAUACCAGAUAAGUAUUUACAUUAUUUCAACAUUUAUUACUACCCACAAAAGUACUGGGCUACAGCUGUGCCAAUACAGUGUCUUGUUGCACUUACAUUGUUUGCAUUCCUCAUAUACCCUAGUAUGAAUUUAAUGUUAAUGACACACAUCGAUCAUAUCAAUACAAUGAGUGAUCCUAUUUCAAAUUAUUCAGUGAUCUCAAAUGAGAACCCUUAUAAGAUACCUGACAUGUGUAUAUGCACAAAUGAACACAGUUGUAUGAAACAUAAUUAUUCUGCUACUCCGCAGGAUUUGAAUGAAAAUACAGUGCCUCCACUGCACGAUUUGAAUAUUCGCUUCGUAUGUAAGAAACUGUAUUUGAAUAGGAAUAAGUAAAACAAGAUAUAUUUGUAGCACUAUAUGACAACUUUGUACAAGUAAAAAAAGAAUUAAGUCUACAUGUAAAGAGUUGUGUAGUUUGUUUAGUUCAGUGUACAUAACACUUUCCUACUAGGUAACUUUUGUUUGCAAUGCAAUUUUCUAUUGCUGUUACAUUCCAAGUAUUGUCAUACCAGCAUCCUUGUAAACUUAUUUACUAUGUAGUGUGUACCAAUUUACUAAAGUAAUUACUGUUUUACAUCAUUCUGGAAUUUACUAUUUACAUUACAAGUGCCGUUUUAAUAUGUAAAUGACGCCCGACCUAAUAGUAUGCGUAUAUGUAUACUAUUGACUGUAAACUUUAUACUCCUAAGUUUGAAAUAAAUAAUUGUGACUGUUUGUGAUUUUUUCUCCACAAAAACGUCGUAAUUUAAUUUUGGCACCGUCGUGUAUUGACGAAAAUAUAAUAAAGUACACGUAAUGGCACUCCGAAUUACUAUGACACAGAAUCCGGACUCGGUUCUCAAAUGAAAGUAGAAUAUACGUGUGCCGUGAGAAAGCCGUGAUAAUCUGAUGAUUUGACCUACCGCCUCUCACGUGGUUUCGUAUCCGGGCUCGCGCCUCUGAAUUUCUCGGUAUUUAUGUGCGAAAUUUACUAUGAGGUUUUUGGCGAAGGAAAACAUCGUGAUGAAACCAGCACGUCGAAGAAGGGUCACAACCCGGAAAACGUAAAGUUCCCAACCCGCAUAUGGCCAGCGUGGCGGACUAAGACCUAAAGCCCUCGCCUGUGAGGAGACCGGUGCCCAGCAAUGCGACGUAUAAAUGGGUUAAUGAUACUUUUGUUUGGUUUACAUCUGACUAGUUUGAGUAGUAGAGUGGUACUGCCCUCCUUAGCUAUUGGAAUCGUAUUUGUAUGACUUCUUACACAAGCAUUGCAGUGAGCACUGAAAAUCGUACUGAAGUCC